CGUGUAUCUACUGGUUGCCCCGUCUCGCUACACAACUCAUAGUCAAUACUCAAAUUGAUGUUAUUUAUGCCAUCAUGUCAACUACGAAUGGCUCCACCUUGAGCAAUUCCUGCACGUAAGUUGGAUGUACAAAUUUGGCUAGUUAGUGUGCUUCUCACGUAGGGACAAAAUUUGUAGAAGAGCUCCUUGGCACGUGCAAUGCAGGUAACUUUGCGUUAUGAAAAAUGACAGAGAUAGUACUUAAUUCACAUGACUUGCAGAAUCAGAUUACUGUUCAAGGUAACUCAUUUAGCCCGUUGCUUGGACUGUGACUUCUACAUGUCCCAGAGUUUCAGUUCAGUGCUAUAAACCUUUUGCAGAAUCUGGAUAAGGGAGUCGCCUCAAGAUGAGCACCACAGCCACGAGUUUUCCAUCUGGCCUGAGACCCGAAGAGCUCCCAGCGCAGAACAGUACUCUCACAUCAAGGCUCUCGCACAAGAAAGUCCUAGACAUCCUCAAUAACAAAUGCGGCCAUUCUCCGCAGCAUCUCAGACAGGCUCAUGCUAUGAUCCUCAGAACUGGGCACUUUCAGGAUCAUUAUGUAUCUGGCACCUUGGUCAAAUGCUAUGCGAAUCCUUAUUUCAACGACUUUGCCUUGGCAAUCAGAGUUUUCCAUCAUAUCCCAAGCCCCAACGUGUUCGUGUGGAAUAUAAUUCUCAAGGGAUGCUUGGAGAACAACGACCCAGAUAUGGCCAUAUCGUCUUAUAAAAACAUGCUGGUCUUCAAUUCUAGGCCUAAUAAUUUCACUUAUCCCACUUUGCUCAAGGCUUGUGCCCUUGCGGGUUCUGUUGAAGAAGGGAUUCAAUUUCAUGCCCAUGUGGUGAAACACGGGCUCAGUGGGGAUGGUCACAUUAAGAGUGCCGGGAUUCAAAUGUAUUCGUCAUUUGGGCUAGUGAAAGAGGCCAGGAAAAUUCUUGACGAUAAAGAUGGUGAAUCCGACGUCAUCUGUUGGAAUGCCAUGAUCGAUGGAUAUCUGAAGUGUGGACUAGUGGAAGCUGCCCGUGAGGUGUUUGAGAGUAUGGCGGAGAAGAACGUAGGCUCUUGGAAUGCAAUGAUAAGCGGGUUAGCUAGGUGCGGGAUGAUUGAUUGUGCAAGGAAACUGUUCGAUGAUAUGAGUGACAGAGAUGAAAUUUCUUGGAGUGCUAUCAUAGAUGGGUAUGUCAAAGAAGGGUGUUUUAAAGAGGCUUUGGAAGUUUUUAACGAAAUGCAACGACAAAAUAUAAGGCCAAGAAAGUAUAUACUAGCAAGCAUGCUAACUGCUUGUGCUAAUUUGGGAGCUUUAGAUCUUGGUCGAUGGAUUAAUUCAUAUAUGGAAAGGAAUUUUAUUCAAAUGGAGGCAGUCUUGGGGACUGCUUUGGUUGAUAUGUAUGCCAAAUGUGGGCGUUUAGACAUGGCGUGGGAGGUCUUUGAGAAUAUACCAGUGAAGGAAGUUUCCACUUGGAAUGCUAUGAUAGGGGGGCUUGCUAGUCAUGGCCAAGCAGAUGAAGCAAUCAAGCUGUUCACGAAGAUGAAUGAGGAAAAGCUGAAGCCAAAUGGAAUUACUUUUGUUGGCGUUCUAAAUGCCUGUGCACAUGCAGGAAUGGUUGACAGAGGUCUAGCCUUGUUGCAUUCAAUGAAAGAAGUAUACGGGAUUGAGCACGAGAUAGAGCAUUAUGGUUGCGUGGUCGACCUCCUGGGAAGAGCUGGACUUCUUGAGGAGGCAGAGAAGUUUAUAGAUUCUAUGCCAAUGGAACCCAAUGCAGCCGUUUGGGGGGCGCUUCUAAAUGCUUGCAGAAUACACAGAAAUGUAGAGCUAGGAGAAAAGGUGGGAUGGAUUUUGCUUGAUAUGGAGCCUCAAAACAGUGGUCGUUAUACAUUAUUAUCAAACAUCUACGCGAAGGCAGAGAGAUGGGAUGAUGUUGCAAGAGUUAGAAAGUUGAUGAAGGAGAGAAGAAUCAAGACUAUUCCUGGAAGUACCAUGAUGGAUUUGGGCGGUGCAGUUCAUGAGUUUAAAAUGGGAGAUGGGUCACACCCACAAACGAAAGAAAUCUAUUCGAUGUUGGAAAGUAUUAUGGAGAAGCUGCGUGCGGAAGGCUAUUCUCCAAAGACUUCAGGUUUCCUUCGACAUUGAUGAGGAAGAAAAGGAAACUGCACUUAGUCUGCACAGCGAAAAGAUUGCAAUUGCUUUUGGACUCCUUCGUACAGAACCAGGAACAACACUCCGCGUUGUAAAGAAUCUGAGGGUUUGUGAGGACUGCCACUCUGCUUUCAAGCUCAUCUCUCAAAUAUACAGCCGCGAUAUCAUUAUGAGGGACCGUGUGCGCUAUCAUCAUUUCAGGAAUGGGGUUUGUUCAUGCAAGGACUUUUGGGAGUUAUUUAUCAGAGGAUAAAAGAACAGCUCCAGUAUAGUGGAGCAAUAAUCCUGGCUGUCCCUUAUUGACUUAGGAUUAAGAGCAUGGCUGAUACUUGGUAGGAUCAUUUCCUUAGCGGAGUAAUAGUGAAAAUGUGUAUAGAUGUUCAUAAACUUGUCGUUCACUAUCAUCAUUCAUCCGGGUAAAUAUAUUCUCUAUUCAUAUUA